AUGGCAGUUCAUGCGGAAGCCUUUUCAAAUAAGUUAGAUUUUGAGCCUUACGGCUCUUACUACAUGGGUGAAGAUAGUGAAGAUGAUAACAUAUGGAGUUGUCUUGACAUCAUGCCAACUCCACCAUUGUCACCGGCUCGCCAGCAAUACAUAACUGAUACUUCAUCAAAUUAUCUCGCUGACAAAUUGUUGCAAGUAACCGAAAAUUUAGAUUUCGACAAUGCCUUGAUUGACAUGGUAGGGGAUACCAAUAGUAUUUUCAAUGGUGGUUCGAAACUUCGAUCCAGCUUAAUCCAGGAUUGCAUGUGGAAUGCUGGCAUUUGUGAAACCGACAAGAAGAAUUUGGUUAACACGAACGUUAGUGCUUUUGAUACGCCUUGUGCAACGCCACCGCGAGCAGAAGAGUUUAUUUCGACUAGUGACUGUGUCGAUCCCAUCGCUGUAUUUCCUUACACUCUUAGCGAUCAAGGACAACAACAAUUUGUAGAAGCUCAGUCCGAUUCAGAAGAGGAAAUUGAUGUAGUAACAGUAGAAAAACCGAAUAAACGAAAGCUAAGUUCCAUUGAAUUACCUCAGCAGCACAAAGUGACCGAAGAUUUACAAAGCCCUACGAAACGUGCGAAAUCUCCGCAAAUAAGUACCAAAGGCAAAGAAGCUUGUAGCCCGAAGGGAGGGUUAUCCGUAAAGCCGGAUAUUGAUAAUGAUGUUAAACGUGCAACUCAUAAUGUUUUAGAGAGGAAGAGACGCAAUGAUCUGAGGUAUAGUUUCCAGACGCUCCGUGAUCAAAUACCGGACUUGGAAGAUAACGAACGUGCACCGAAAGUUAACAUUUUAAAGAAGUCAACAGAGUACAUCAAGUUCUUGAAAGAGGAGGAGAGUAAGCUAAUCUCGAUGAAAGAAACGGAAAGAGAAAGAAGGAAAGCUCUCUUGGCCAAAAUCGACAUUUUAAAGAGCAAAAGAAAUUAG